AUGAGCAACUGUAAUGCAACUUUCAGACCAUUAGAAACUGGAGCAAAAUUGAAGAAUGAGAAAUUUGAUGAGUUUGUAACUGCAACACUAUACAACCAAAUCAUUGGACCCUUGAGGUAUCUUUGCAUUACCAGGCUAGAUAUCUGCCCAAGUGUAGGAUUAAUAAGAAGAUUCAUGGAGAAACCCCAAGAAUGUCAUCUCAUUGCAGUGAAGAGGAUGUUUAGAUACAUAAAGAGUACGAUUGACCGUGGUGUGGUGAUGCCAAGACAAAAUACCAGCACAAAUGCAAAGGUAUAUGGCUACACAGAUUCAGAUUUCAGUGGAGAUCAAGACGAGAAGAAGAGUAUUGCAGACUACAUAUUCAUGAUCAAGUGCGCUCUAAUAUCUUGGAGCUCAAGGAAGAUAAGCAUUAUGGAUUUGUCAAUGUGUGAAGCUGAGUACGUGGUUGCAUCAUAUGUAGCAUGUUAA